AUGGCUAAYCUUGGAGRUGAAGGCAAUAUUUCUGAUGCCCGGAGGAGAGAGGCGCUAGAAGGAACUGUUGAACGAAUGAUUCGUAGCAUGGAGGCAUUGACAGAACGGAUAGGAAGGUUGGAGACUCAAAACCAAGCUGAAGGGAGAGUUCCACCACCUCCASCAYCACGUGUUAUGGAUGAGGAUGAGUAUGAAGGUGAUGGAUCCGAUCAUUGGGAGGACGAUCAGGCUACAGUUUUAGCARCUCCAAGAGGGGGUGAUAGWCACGUUGGUYGUGGCUUAGAUCGAGGGAGAGGCCGGGGAAGAGGCUAUCAUAAUUUCCAAAGAGCCCCACGAGCGAAUGCUCAAGUUGAUCGAAACUUGGGAAACAUCAAAUUAAAACUUYCGAAGUUCUAUGGUAAGACUGAUCCRGAAGCGUACAUUCAAUGGGRGAAAGAAGUGGAGUUCGUGUUUGAUUGCCAUAAUUUCAGUGAAGAAAAGAAGGUACGACUAUGUCUUGCUCAAUUCAAAGAUUAUGCAGUAACAUGGUGGGACAAAUUAAUGUCAAUUAGGAGACGAAAUCUUGAGGCGCCAAUCGAUUCAUGGUAUGAGUUCAAGGAGUUGUUGAGGAGGCGAUUUGUUCCUAGACAUUUCCACAGGGACACAGCGCAAAAGCUCCAAGUGUUGAGACAAGGUAGUAAGUCUGUGGAGGACUAUUACAAGGAGAUGGAUACGUUGAUGAAUCGGCUGGAUCUUGAAGAGGACAUGGAGAAUCUCAUGGCACGGUUUCUUAAUGGCUUAAACAAGGAGAUUGCGGAUAAGGUUGAUCUACAACCUUACUUUAACAUCGAAGAGAUGUUGCACCUUGCCAUCAAAAUUGAGAAGCAGCUCCAAAGGCGAUCUCAAGGGUAUUCUACUAAGCCCUUUUCCCAUUCAUCUUCUACAUGGAAAACGGAUAGUAAGAGUGCUGAUUCUAAACUUAGAAAUCGAGAGGCAUAUGAGAAACCAAAAGAAAAGUUUGAGAAAGGAGAGAGUUCCAAGAAGAGGAAAGAGAAAGUUGUUGAAUCUAAUGUGAGAAAUUGGAAUAUUAAAUGCUGGAAAUGUCAAGGAGUAGGACAUUACAGUCGAGACUGCCCCAAUAGAAGAACUAUGAUAAUUAGAGAAGGAGAGUUUGUAACAGAAGAUGAGAAGGAAGAUGAGGAGUAUAGUGAAGAGGACCCUACACAUAUGUCCUUAGUCACUAGGAGAGCUCUCAGUACUCAAAUUAAGGAGGAUGGCCUAGACCAACGAGAGAACUUAUUUCACACUAGGUGUCUUGUCCAAAAUGUGCCUUGUAGUGUGAUUAUUGAUAGUGGUAGUUGUACCAACGUUGUAAGUUUUAUUCUGGUCAAGAAGCUUAACUUAGAGACAAAACCACAUCCUAGACCAUCUAAACUUCAAUGGUUGAGUGAUUGUGGGGAGGUAAAGGUGAGUAGACAAGCUCUUGUUUCUUUUGCUAUUGGAAAAUAUGUUGAUGAUGUUUUGUGUGAUGUUGUACCUAUGCAUGCCGGAGAUAUAUUGUUGGGUAGACCUCGGCAAUUUGACCGUCGGGAAUUUGAGGACUUGUUUCCCGAGGAGAUGCCCAAGGAAUUGCCACCACUUCGUGGCAUCGAGUAUAAGAUUGACUUCAUUCCCGGUGCUACCAUACCUAACCGACCAGCUUAUAGGACUAAUCCUACUGAAGCCAAAGAAAUUCAAAGGCAAGUGGAUGAAUUGUUAGCUCAUGGGUAUGUACGCGAAAGCCUUAGUCCUUGAAGUGUGCCUGUUAUUUUAGUGCCUAAAAAAGAUGGAACUUGGAGAUUCAUUGUGUCUAGUCGAGGAGUUGAGGUGGAUAGUGAGAAAGUUAAGGCUAUUAGCGAAUGGCCAACUCCCACGAAUGUUGGGGAGGUUCGAAGUUUUCAUGGGCUAGCUAGCUUUUAUCGGCGUUUUAUUAAAGACUUUAGCACCCUAGCUUCACCUCUAAAUGAAUUGGUADAGAAAAAUGUUCCUUUUGUUUGGGGUACAUCCCAAGAGCAUGCUUUUAAUGUUUUAAAGGAUAAGUUGUGCAAUGCUCCUCUACUUGCUUUACCGAACUUUGAUUUGACUUUUGAAAUUGAAUGUGAUGCAAGUGGGAUUGGAAUUGGGGCUGUACUAAUGCAAACCCAUAAGCCACUAAUGUUCUUUAGUGAAAAGUUGAGUGGUGCUUCUUUGCGGUACCCAACUUAUGACAAAGAACUUUAUGCUUUGGUACGAGCUCUGCAAACUUGGCAGCAUUAUCUUUGGCCAAAGGAGUUCGUCAUUCAUACGGAUCAUGAGAGCCUAAAGCACUUGAGAGGGCAAAGCAAACUGAAUCGCAGACAUGCCAAGUGGUUGGAGUUUAUAGAGACAUUUCCAUAUGUGAUUAAGUAUAAACAAGGUAAGGAGAACAUUGUUGCAGAUGCUUUAUCACGAAGGUAUGCUCUCUUUAAUACUUUGAAUGCUAAGAUUUUAGGAUUUGAACAUCUCAAGUCCUUGUAUCUAGAUGAUGUGUUCUUUGCUUCUUUUGUUGAAUCGUGUGAAAAAGGACUUGUUGUUGAUGAUUACAUGUUGUUUGAAGGAUUUUUGUUUCGAAAAGGAAAACUUUGCAUUCCAUCUUGUUCAAUUCGUGAAUUGCUUGUAAAGGAAGCUCAUGGGGGUGGUUUAAUGGCUCAUUUUGGUGUUUCUAAAACUUAUGAUAUGCUUGCUGAACAUUUUUAUUGGCCUAAGAUGAAGCAUGAUGUGCAUAAAGUGUGUAAGCAUUGUAUUGCAUGCAAACAAGCUAAGUCUAGGUUACAACCACAUGGUUUAUAUUCACCUUUGCCUGUUCCUACUACUCCUUGGGUUGAUAUUUCUAUGGAUUUUGUCCUUGGUUUACCAAGAACUCGGAAGGGUAGGGAUAGUAUAUUUGUAGUGGUUGAUAGGUUUAGCAAGAUGGCGCAUUUCAUACCAUGCCAUAAAACYGAUGAUGCUAAAUUGAUUGCUGAUUUGUUUUUUAGGGAAGUUGUUCGUUUGCAUGGCAUUCCUAGAACUAUUGUUAGUGAUCGCGAUGUAAAAYUUUUAAGUCAUUUUUGGCGUGUGUUAUGGGGAAAGUUGGGAACCAAACUUGUUUAUUCUACUACUUGUCAUCCYCAAACUGAUGGACAAACUGAGGUAGUAAAUAGGACAAUGGUUACCAUGCUUCGAGCAAUCAUAGAUAAAAAUCUUAAAACUUGGGAGGAUUGUUUGCCAUUAAUUGAAUUUGCAUAUAAUAGGGCUGUCCAUWGUACUACUAAAUGCACACCGUUUGAAAUUGUAUAUGGUUUCAAUCCUAUCUCCCCACUUGAUUUGUUGCCUAUGCCUCCUAAUGAAUUUGUGAGUUAUGAUGCUAGYACAAAGGUUGAUCUUGUCCAUAGGCUACAUAAAGAAGUUAAGGAAAGGAUUGAGAAGCAAAACACUAAGGUUGCUUCCCGCAUCAAUAAAGGACGCAAGCUCCUUGUUUUCYAGCCAGGGGAUUGGGUUUGGGUACAUUUUCGAAAGGAACGGUUUCCAACUCAACGAAGGUCUAAGUUGCUACCACGAGGCGAUGGUCCUUUUCAAGUCCUUGAACGGAUCAAUGAUAAUGCUUAUAAGAUUGAUUUGCCAGGUAAGUAUGGAGUGAGUGUCGAAGCUGUCAACAAGAUCAUCAAGUGUGGUCUGAAGACGAGGUUGGAAUCUCUGAAAGGUCGGUGGGCAGAAGAGCUACUGGAGGUGUUGUGGUCCUACCGAACUACACCCCGCCGAUCUACUGGCGAGACACCGAAUGGCUUAGCUUUCGGGUCGGAGGCUGUCAUUCCUGUGGAGAUUGGCAUGUCGACGCCCCAAGUUGAAAAUUUAGACGAACCAACCAAUAACGAAGCUCUCCUCGUGAAUCUUGACCUACUCGAGGAGAAACGAUCUCACUCCCAGCUCAGACUAGCAGAAUAUCAGAGAGUAAAAGUCAAAACGUUCAGGCCUGGCGACCUCGUCCUCAAGAAGAGCCGAGGUAUAUAUGCCUCGGCUCAGUACAGAGAGUUGAUUAAAAAUAAUAAAGCAGAAGAAGCAACAGAAGAAGGGGACAAGCUAUUCUUGCGGAAGGUUGGUAGGAGUGCUGGUUCCAACGUCAGCAUCAGCGACCGCAGCGACCUUAGUAGCCUCAGCUUCCUUAUCGACGCCAGUGGGGCGGUCGGCCCAGAUAGACUCAUACUCCAGCUCUACGGCGGCAACGGUCUCCUUCGGGCAAGCGGUGUCGAGCUUGUUGAGGGCAUAGUAGUAGCCCCUGUCCGCUAG